UAACACUUUAGUUUUCGAAUAAAGACUAUUAGUAACGGGCGCGGGCGCUUAGAUAAAAGUUGCGUUUUAAGCUCAACUGGAUUUAUAGAUUAAAUACUUAAACUUGAGUAGUUCAAAGUGUGGAAAAGUAUAGCUUUUGAAAGUAAAAGAGGCAGCAGUUAGUGAAUUGAACAAAUAAAAAAUAAAAAUAUAAAAUAACACGGCUGCAAAAGGUGUGUCUACCAGUCAUCGGGUCGUAAAACUAGUUUUGACUGCAGCAGCAAAACAACAACAAAAAUGCUGUACGAACGUCAAACUUCUGAAAAGCCGACGCGAGUCGACGGCUCUUCAUACAUUGCCGAGGGCAUUGACAAGAAAGAGGCUGGCAAUACUUGUCUACUUUAUUCGCUAAAAGACCAGAGUAGCGGCUCGCUUGCCAAGAGUUUGAAAAUCUUCACGGCGCACAAUGUCAAUUUGCUGCACAUCGAAUCUCGUUCAUCGGUGCGUGUGCCUGGCUACGAGUUCUUCGUGGAAUGCGACACCACAUCGGGGGCACUCGGCAAGGCCAUCGACGAAUUGCGUCAAGAGUGCAGUUACUUCAAUAUCAUUUCGCGCGAUUACAAGGACAACAACUCGGCGGUGCCAUGGUUUCCGCGCAGAAUACGCGAUCUCGAUCGUUUCGCCAAUCAAAUUCUGAGUUAUGGUUCGGAGUUGGACGCCGAUCAUCCUGGAUUUACUGAUCCCGUCUACCGCGCAAGGAGAAAGUACUUCGCAGACAUUGCGUACAACUACAAACAUGGCGAGCCAUUGCCAUGCGUCGACUACACCAAGGAAGAGAUUGAUACCUGGGGAAUAAUUUUCAGGAAUCUUACGAAACUGUAUAAGACACAUGCGUGUCGCGAAUAUAACCACGUCUUUCCUUUGUUGGUGGAUAACUGUGGUUUUAGAGAGGACAACAUACCACAAUUGGAAGAUGUUUCGAACUUUUUGAGGGAUUGUACCGGUUUCACUUUGCGUCCUGUUGCUGGCUUACUUUCUUCCCGGGAUUUUCUUGCUGGUCUCGCUUUCCGCGUCUUUCACUCCACUCAAUACAUCCGCCAUCCCAGCAAACCGAUGUACACACCCGAGCCCGAUGUGUGCCACGAGCUUUUGGGUCAUGUGCCGCUAUUUGCGGAUCCAGCAUUCGCGCAAUUCAGUCAAGAAAUCGGUUUAGCCUCGCUGGGAGCACCCGAUGACUAUAUCGAGAAGCUUGCGACGAUCUUUUGGUUCACCGUGGAAUAUGGCAUGUGCCGCCAAGAUGGCGAUUUAAAAGCCUACGGUGCUGGGCUACUAUCUUCAUACGGAGAACUGGAAUACUGCCUUUCCGAUAAACCAGAAUUGAGGGACUUCGAUCCAGAGGUCACUGGCGUUACAAAAUAUCCAAUCACACAAUUCCAGGAGGUCUACUAUGUUUCGGAGAGUUUCGAGAGCGCUAAGGAGAAGACCAUCAAAUUUGCCAAUUCUAUUCCACGUCCGUUCGGUGUACGCUACAAUCCUUACACCCAGAGUAUCGAAGUGUUGGAUUCCAAGAAACAGAUACGCAAUUUGAUGGACGACAUCAACUCAGAGUUUCAGAUACUUCAGAAUGCGGUCGAGAAGUUGAAAGUAUGAAACUAUUUACAUAUAACUCUAAAUUAUAAAAA